ACCGGCAAUGUACACAUCUUCAGCUUUACGGAGGAGGUGUGUUACAAACACACAGGGUGGAACGUGCCAACUUCAGUAGCGCUUCAGCCCUCGAGCUGAGCGGAUGACUGAAGUGCAGAGGCGAUUUUUUUCCAGAAACUUUCAGAUAUGAAAUACGCGUCGGUCUCUACAGACUAGCGAAGGUGUUCGAAUAAAGUUGAGUGUAGUGAAGUUUUUGACUGGUGACAAAAUCAUAAGAUAUUUUACAAGUGGUUAAUAUGGAUGACAGUUUUGUUCAAACUUCCGAGGGGACCGCGAGAAGGCGUUUCCUGGUAUAGGGCGCCUGCUCUGCGGGUAGGAUGCGGCGGCAUGCACCGCAUCUUGCUGCUAAUGGCGGCGGUACUCACCAGGGCCAUCGCACCACCAACUAACGCCACAGAAUCUGACACGGGUCCCUCAACAACUACAACAAAAGCCGCCAUGACUCCUCCGACUAUGUUCCGAAGUGGCGUGAGACUGCCAACGUCGAAGCCCAGGCGUCAGCAAAUGAAGCAAGGGAAAGCAGACUCGCCCAUGCUAAACUACAUCUUCGACUCGUAUGCGACCAACAACAAGCACUUUCAUGACAAAUUCCGCGCCCCGUCGUUUGAAGGCGACGUGACGUCAGACGAUACACUAGAUGCCGAUACGGGUGCGACUGUCGUAUUUGAUUGUCGUGUAACCGCUCUAAGAGAUAAAAGGGUAUCGUGGCUGCGAGUUUCUGACGAUGAGAACUUGGAGCUGCUUACACUAGACUUAGACACGCAUACUGCAGAUCCAAGGUACAGAGUGGAUCUGGCAGGUGACAACUGGAAGCUGGCUCUUUCUGACGCAAAAGUGCAGGACUCUGGGACCUACUGCUGCCACGUGUCCACGCACCCGCCGAUGUUGAGGCGAGUGCGCCUGACCGUUCAUCCACCAGAAAUCACCAUGAGCAAAGAGGCCUUCCUAGAGACGGGAGAGACCCUCUCCCUCAAAUGCGCCGUGUUGCAUCUCCACUCGCGCGAGGCAGCUCCGACGCUGCAGUGGUACAGAGGCAACAGCUCGGUCCCACUUGAUGAAAUAAGGGGGGGAGUGCUGGUCGAGACCGACCAUCUGACUAUGACUACUCAUUUACAGGUGGCAAGGUUGAAAGUGGACGACGCUGGAAACUACACCUGCUCGCUACAUUCCCCCCUUCGCAUGAAAGCAGUUGCUAGAGUACAUGUGCUACAAGGUUCCAGCUUGGCCGAGCUACAGAGCGGCGUGAAGACUAAAUCCAGCUAUACGAGCCUAUUGUUGUCGAUGCUACUCGUACUUGUCAUGCGCUACGAAGACAGGUGACCUACUUAGACAACUUAGUUCGCUAGUGAUUGGUUCUAUGUGUUCUUGAAUC